AUGAACCGUGCCCUGGACUUGGCCAUGCUGGCCUUCGGCAAGACUCAUCCCAACCCCCACGUGGGCUGCGUCAUCGUGCGUGAUGGGCAGGUGGUGGGUGAGGGCUACCACCCCAAGGCAGGCCAGCCCCACGCCGAGGUGUGGGCACUCAGAGGGGCAGGCCAGGCCGCCCAGGGCGCCACUGCAUACGUGACCCUGGAGCCGUGCAACCACUAUGGGCGCACACCCCCCUGCAGCCAGGCCCUGGUAGAGGCGGGCGUCAAGAGGGUUGUGGUGGGCGCGGGCGACCCCAACCCGCUGGUGGCUGCAGCUGGGAUCGCUACGUUGCAGUCUGCUGGUAUUGAGGUAGCCCUGAUGGACGGCGCUGAAAACCAGCGCGCCAAGGACAUCAACACAGAGUUUUUGGCGCGCAUGGAGGAGGAGGCUGCAAUUGAGAUGGCGCGCCUUCAGGCUCUGGCCAAGUCCAGGGAGGCGGCUGGGGCGCAACACAGUGAUUGA